UUCCACUUGAGCAGCCAACUUGUUAUCUGGGCACAUUCUCGGGCUGCGAUGUGGAGGGAAAGAGCGACCGCGUCCAGAUAAACAUAUACUUCUUGAUUUUAUUUCCUGACAUUUACUCCAAACAACCCAUUAGACUCUUUGUUUCUUUUCGGAGGCAAACAACCACACGUAGGCUCAAACUUUAGGAGUCAAGCCGCCACAAAUUCUCGCGUGUUUUUUUCCCCUUCUUUGGGCUGUAGCCAUUGUUUCCUCACACAUGGAUCUUUAGUGCAUUGAGUAACCUCUCGCUGGCUUGGACUGCAGUAGUUUUUUUUUUUGUGGGCCCCGGGGCUCUGCAUGAGGACAUCCCACAGUGGGGACGCGCGCUAAAGGGACGCACGCGCUUCCAAGGAGACAAACUUUGACAAGUUGCUGCAAAUACCGUGGAUUACUAUUGCCAUGGACGUCGGGACCACGUCCAGAAGAUGAAAAAUGGACACUUUCUUGUAGUUAGUUGUGUCUCACCACGGAACCUUUCAGACGAUCUGAUUACAAGUGGUUUGUUCUAGCGGCUGCACUCACGAUCUUUUUUCUUCCACUCUUGUCGAUCCACUUUACUGGUGUGCAAAAAUGCCUCAGCUGAACGGAGGCGGCGGCGAUGAUUUGGGGGCCAAUGAUGAAAUGAUAUCGUUUAAAGACGAAGGGGAGCAGGAGGAAAAGAUCUCCGAAAAUGUCUCGGCGGAAAGAGAUUUGGAUGACGUUAAAUCCUCGCUAGUAAACGAGUCGGAAAACAACAGCAGUUCGUCAGACUCUGAGCAAGCAGAGAGGCGCCCCCAAACCAGAGUUGACGCCGAAAGUUAUGAGAAAGCAAGAGACUACUUUACUGAAGCACUGAGAAGACAGCACGAUGGAGGUCUCUUUAAGAGCCCCCACUACCCUGGCUACCCCUUUCUCAUGAUCCCAGACCUCACCAAUCCAUACUUAUCCAAUGGCUCUCUUUCUCCCAGUACAAGAACAUAUUUGCAGAUGAAAUGGCCUCUUCUGGAUGUCCCCAGCUCUGCAGGACUCAAAGAUUCCCGCUCUCCAACACCAGGCCAUUUAUCAAAUAAAGUUCCAGUGGUGCAGCAUGCCCACCAUGUUCACCCGCUGACACCCCUCAUCACAUACAGCAAUGAUCACUUCUCGCCUGGCACGCCACCGUCACACCUCUCUCCGGAAAUACUUGACCCAAAGACAGGUAUUCCUCGGACACCUCACCCAUCAGAACUGUCUCCGUACUACCCCUUGUCUCCUGGUGCAGUUGGUUCUAUUGCCCACCCGUUAGGCUGGCUCAUGCCACAGCAGGGCCAACACAUGUACUCCAUCCCUCCUGGGGGAUUCCGUCACCCCUAUCCAGCACUAGCUAUGAAUGCAUCCAUGUCCAGCUUGGUGUCCAGUCGUUUCUCCCCUCACAUGGUGACUCCUCCACCACACAGCCUCCACCAGACCGGCAUUCCCCAUCCUGCCAUUGUGUCGCCGGCCAUCAAGCAAGAGCCCAACAGUGACAACACCACCCCAUCAAUGCACGCCAGGAAAUCUCCCAUCCCUCCCAAGAAAGAAGAGGACAAGAAGCCUCAUAUCAAAAAGCCUCUGAAUGCUUUCAUGUUGUAUAUGAAGGAGAUGAGAGCCAAAGUAGUGGCAGAGUGCACUCUGAAGGAGAGUGCUGCCAUCAACCAGAUCCUCGGAAGACGGUGGCAUUCCCUGUCAAGAGAGGAACAAGCCAAAUACUACGAGCUGGCUAGAAAAGAGCGGCAACUGCACUCCCAGCUCUACCCUGGAUGGUCAGCACGAGAUAACUACGGAAAACGGAAAAAGAGGAAGAGGGACAAUAAACCAGAGUCUAAACCAGAAGACUUCUCAAUAAGAAGCAAGAAACAGUGCGUUCAGUACCUGCCUUCAGAGAAGAUGUGCGACAGCCCGGCAUCUUCCCACGGAAGCAUGUUGGAUUCACCGGCCACCCCCUCCGCAGCGCUGGCCUCCCCGGCCGCUCCUGCAGCCACUCACUCAGAGCAGGCCCAGCCGCUAUCGCUCACCACCAAACCAGAGGGGCGCAUGCACCACCACUUCUCUGUACUUGGAAAAGCUUCGGGAGGAUCAUCUUCCGCCUCCUCAUCCUCCUCCUCAUCUUCUUCCUCACAGCCGACCAUUUCCAUCCCAAUCGGUACAUCCGGUAGCCAGUCGACUACACCCAUUCUGACCCGGCCGAUCCCCUUCACAUCUCUGCAUCCUUCCAUGCUCUCACCCCCCUCGCCUUACCAUCAGGCAGCCCUUCACCCCCAUCAUGCCCUGUUCCAAUCGCAGCCAUUGUCCUUGGUUACCAAACCAACUGAAUAAAUCUGCAAAAACACAUUUUCUACCAUUUUUAAAGAGGAAGUCAACACCAUUUUUGUAAUAAUGUUAUGUGCAGCCCAUCUACUCCAAACAGGAUCUUCUUAUCAAUGUUUUGUUUGUGGAAUAUGAAUUAAACAGGCAAAAUCCACCUGUUUUGAGAUGAAUAAAAACGGAUGAAUUUUGCUGCUUAACUCAUAUUCCACUAAUACAAUAUAAAUCAGAAGGCCGUGUUCAGACGAGUGGGGGCAUGUACAUUAUUGUGAAUAAUUUUAGGGGGUUAACUUCCUCUUUAAGCUGUAUAUUGCUUCUCUUUAAGAUAGGUAGUAAAGCAACCUUUUUUCUAAAUAAAGAAAAGGAAGAAAUAUUGGUCAAUAUUUGACCGUCUCCUUUUCUAGUUCCCUUAAAGAAAGAAAAUGUAUUUUUUGUAAAGUUCACUGCAGAACCGCUUUCGUUUUGCUGCAUUUAUCCAACAAACCUCUUGUAUAAAAGAACCAAUGUACAUAGAGUUUCUUUAUAAAAACAAAAAUCGAACAAAAACACAUAUUCUUUGUAGCCAAAAUCUGAUUAAUGUUAGCAUUGUUUUGUUCUUGAGCUGGCCAAUAAUUUUGCAGCCCUGUUUUCAAUUCACGUGUGUGCCCCUUCUUUGACAUGUUAAAUAAACAUUUGAAAUUGUUUCUUACAGAAAA